CUCAUAUCGGAUCUUGUUGCGCCAUCUUCCGUGUAUUGCUUGGGAGGUUAGAUGGAAAAAUUUCCUAGAUUUAAUGGAGGUUUCAUAGAUACACGCUUGGCAUUGGAUUGCAGCAGUCUUCUGCGGUCAUCGAGGGGGAUGAUUUCUUGCGUGAGCCACGCCACUUUGUAACUUGGGUCUCUACGAAGUAUUUGGGUUAUUCACAACUUUGAAGAUCGAAUUCAACUUUCGGACGAAUUUUGGCCAAUGAGGAAAUGAUCGUUUCGAGGUUUCGAAGCGGCUCUGCAGAUCAAUCACGUCGACGUCCAUCUGAUCUCCGCGUUGCGACCUAGCUGGGCAGUUUCAUGUUACGCGCCCAGAAUUGUCCCAGAUGGGGGGGAAGGGCCUCACUUUAUGGCAUUUCCCAAAAUUGAAAGCUUGGUGAUCCACUUGCAACAUGCGCGGUAUGAAAACACUUUACCUGCUAACCGCUUUCUAUUGGGCAAGGGUCACGAUCAGUGGACGCACAAUGGAAUAUCCUCCGUCCCAAGACGCCGCGGCAGAUCAUUGAAACGGACUACCAUGGAGCUCUGGAAAUCAAACUUUAUACUGUCCUGGGUUGUUGGACCUUAGGAUUUCUUCUUAUGCAUGGCUGCUCGUUGGAGCUUCUGCGUUGACACAUUAUAUAACAUGACUCCCCAAGGAACCAGGAGCCCUUUUCUCUUUAGUAUCAUCGGAAGUUUCUGCUUUUCACGUUCACUCACUUUUUUCUACCACAUUCUUUUCUAAAGUCCUAGUGACGUCCACCCUUUUACACUUGUGCUAGAGGCAUAUUAUCUUCACCAUCAAACACUUACAAAACCACAAAAUUAUACAACUUUCAGGACACCUUUAACAAGAUGUCUUUCAGCACCAUGAAAAUUAGCGUCAUUUUGGCAUUGGCCGCCUCCGUUGCCCAGGUUUCUGCUCACGGCUUCGUCAAAGAAAUUAUCAUCGACGGCCAAUCGUAAGUUCAUCCUUAGUCAAUGAUGACCAUGAGCGCUGGCUGAUGAUGAUUCAAAGGUUCCCAGGUUUCGAUGUUGGACAAGAUCCAUUCAAACCCAGUGGAAUACCACCAAAGAUCGGUUGGACCAAUACAGCUGGUGAUAUCGGAUUCAUUAAUGGAAGCGAUUACGCAGAGCCAAAUAUCAUCUGCCACAGAGACUCAAAAAACGCAAAGCUGUCGGCCCCCAUUGCCGCUGGAGGAAACCUCACCAUGCAAUGGACCGAUUGGCCAGAGUCUCACUUCGGUACAAUAACUGAGCAUUUAGCCGACUGCAAAGGAGACUGCUCGACCGUCGACAAGACUACACUCGAAUUCUUCAAGAUUUCAGAGGCAGGACUCAUUGACGGCACAUCCAAGCCACCAAAGUGGGCCGCCACUGAGCUUAUCAAGCAAGGCAACAAGUGGGAAGUCACGAUCCCAGCAAAUGUCAAGCCAGGUCAAUAUGUCCUCCGUCACGAGAUCAUCGCGUUGUUCGGCGCCGGUAACCAACUUGGGGCCCAGCACUAUCCUCAGUGCAUCAACCUGGAAAUCACUGGUUCAGGAACUGAAUUGCCAGCCGGUACUAAGGCAACAUCUUUCUACAAGGUCGACGACCCAAACAUCUUAGUCGAUCUUAACAAGAGCCCCGUGACGUACCCUGUUAUCCCAGGUGGACCUCUUGCCUUCGCCGCAGGCGGUGCAGCUGGCGGUGCAGCAGGCGGUGGUGGAGGAAACAAAGCUAAGCCAGUUGACAACAAUAGCACUACUGGUGUUGAAGCUGCCAAACCCCCAACCACUUUGUCAACUUCUACUCGCCCUAAGGCUACCCCAGCUCCUGAAACCAAGAGCGACGACGAAUGCCCAAAAUAGAUGAUUUUUGUUGUGGAUCAGCGAUGCUGGGAACAUUAUGACACCACUUUUUUUUCUCUUCAUGCGAAUCCAAGCUUGCUUGGGCCUGGUGCGUUCCUUUGAUUUCAAAGGGCUAUUCAUUUAUGGUUUAUGAUUUUGUAGUUUAUUGUAAAUGAUACCGUUAUACGUUUACUUAUUUCCAUUUUGGUGUGGC